AUGGCUCAGUUAUCUAGGAAACGACAUGUGCUAAAACUCGUUGACCCAUUGACUAGGUUCAAAUCUAUUGGUGCCACUAAAUUCUACGAUCCCAAGCAGCCAGUGUUUGCGUUGGAUCACGAUGUGCAGAACAAGUCGGACAAAAACCUUACAAAAUACGCCAACAUCGAAAAGUUUGCCCAAGAGCAUGAAAUUGACUUUUAUCCCGCAGGACGUGGUAUUGGUCACCAAGUGAUGAUCGAAGAAGGUUAUGCUUUCCCUUAUACCUUGACGGUCGCUUCCGAUUCUCACUCGAAUAUGUAUGGUGGUAUUGGCGCACUGGGAACGCCUAUUGUGCGUACGGAUGCAGCGGCCAUUUGGGCUACCGGUCGUACAUGGUGGCAAAUUCCUCCCGUUGUAAAAGUUGAACUCCAAGGUAAACUGCCUGUCGGCGUUACAGGCAAAGACGUUAUCAUCACUCUUUGUGGUCUUUUCAACAAGGAUCAAGUACUCAACACUGCUAUUGAGUUCCACGGCGGAGAGGCUCUUCAGGCGUUAUCAGUGGAGGAUCGUCUUGCUAUCUCUAAUAUGACCACGGAAUGGGGCGCAUUGGCUGGUGUGUUCCCGGUGGAUGAUGCCACUAUCGAAUAUCUUCGCAAGCGCAUGAGACGCAUGCAACUUACCCAUUUUGAAAACAAGAAUUUGCCACCGCUGGCUCCUGGCGAGAAAUUCAAGCAUCCUCGCAUCAACGAAGACACCAUCCAAGCACUUAUCGAUAAUCCACUACGACCGUCCCCUAGUGCUUCUUAUGCCAAAACAUUGACGCUUGAUUUGUCGACUUUAUCACCCCAUGUGUCUGGUCCCAAUUCCGUGAAGGUCGCCACCUCUCUAGCUAAACUCGAACAGAAAGACAUCAAGAUAAACAAGGCUUAUCUUGUUUCCUGUGUCAACUCCCGAGCCACCGAUUUGAGACAGGCCGCAGCUGUGAUGAAGGGUAAAAAGGUCAAGGAAGGAGUGGAAUUCUAUGUGGCUGCUGCUAGUUCCGAGGUGCAAAAGGAAGUUGAGGAGUCUGGUGACUGGGAUGUCCUGUUAGAAGCAGGUGCCAAAGUCUUGCCUGCCGGUUGUGGUCCCUGCGUCGGUCUUGGCACUGGGCUGCUAAAAGACGGUGAAGUGGGUAUUUCUGCGACCAAUCGUAAUUUCAAGGGACGCAUGGGUUCUCCUUCGGCUCUGGCCUAUCUUGCUUCUCCUGCUGUGGUAGCUGCUUCUGCCGUUGCAGGAAAAAUUGCUGCACCUAGCAACUGUGAUAUUAGCGCUGCUACCCCGAAAUUCACCAUUCAAGAUACCAAACCCGUUCAUUCUGAUCUCGAUGAUUCAAGCAACGGUCAGAAACCCGAAGUACUUCCCAAUUUCCCAUCUGUUAUUCAGGGUGAACUCUUAUUCUGUCCGGCCGAUAACUUGAAUACAGAUGGUAUUUACCCCGGAAAAUAUACUUAUAACGAUGAUAUGACGGUGGAUGACAUGCGCAAGGUUGUCAUGGAGAAUUACGAUCCCGAAUUCGUCAACAUUGUACAAAAGGGAGAUGUGCUGGUGGGUGGCUUCAACUUUGGCACUGGUUCUUCGCGUGAACAAGCUGCAACGGCCAUCAAAUCAAGAGCCAUUACCAUUAUGAUCGCUGGUUCUUACUCCGAUAUUUUUAAACGCAACUCCAUCAACAAUGCCCUGUUACUGAUUGAAUCACCCGAGCUUGUCAACGAUCUGAAGAAGGAGGUUGGUACGGACGCUCUGACCAAGCGGACCGGUCGUCAGGUGGAAAUUCAUGUGGCAGAAGGCAAGGUGGUGGUUACCAAUACCGACGGCACCGAAAAACUGUAUAAAGUAGGCGCUCUUGGCAAGAGUGUUCAGGAGAUUUGGCUGGCCAAUGGUCUUGAAGGAUGGGUCAAAGAGCGCCUGUAA